AUGCCAAGCUCCUCACCAUGCCUCAUUCUUCCUAUCCCGCCCCCUCCUACCACUCGCCAGGGUUCAGCACGGGUCACCAAGGGUUCCGCGGGCGUCAACAAGGUAAUCGGGCUGACCAAGCUACGCACCAAGUAUAAGCAGUACGAGGCGAAGCCCCUUAACAUGCCCUAUUCUCCCUCCCUCCCUCCCCACACCACCUUUCAAACUCCCCAGGGUUCAGCCGGCAUCACCAAGGUGAUCGGGCUGACCAAGCUGCGCACCAAGUACAAGCAGUACGAGGCGAAGCGGCAACUGCCUGGCUCGUACGACCUCUUCCUGGCCGAUAUUGACAUCAUCCACCAGCUGCCCCCCCUUAUUGGCACAAAGUUCUUGAAGAAGAAGAAGCACCCCAUCCCUGUGAAGCUCCGGGGGAAGGAGUGGGCGAAGAGUGUGCGAGAGGCGUGCGACAGCACGUAUUUGUAUGUGAGUGGGGGCCCGUCGAUGAGCGUGCGGGCGGCGAGGUUCGGCAUGAGUGGCGGAUAUUUUGGGGAAUGUGAUGGCGGUGGUGGCGGGGGCGGUGGAGCAUGUGCCGAAGAAAUGGAAGAAUGUGAGCUCGUUGCAUAUACGAGCCACGGACUUGCUCGCUCUGCCAAUCUAUAUGGCGGAGGUUGA